GGCUUGGGGCCCUCAGACCCCCGGGAAGGGCCCAGCCAAGAAGACAAGCGUCCCUGAUCUACCAACGCAAGACAGAAUAUCAACAGGCUUCCACAGGCACACCUGUGUCAGCAACAACCGGUGCUCAGGCAGCCAGAUGGCCACCUGGACUGGACUGCUUGCUUCGUUGAGUUCUGGGCCCAGUGGGAGGGCCAAGUGGGCAGGCACCGACCUUGCUUUUGCCUCUUUCCUCACUGUCCAGACCCACCUGAUGUCACCCCCUCUGGAUGAAGCCCUACUCUGAGUGCCCACCCACCUUCAGCCCCUUGGGGCACAGAAAGGCUCAGUGGCAGUGAGGCAUGCCAAGUGCCUGUGCAGCUGACCUGCACAGGGGGUGGGGGGGGUGCAAGGCCUGCUGGGUUGUGAGCUCAGGUCGCUGCACCACUGGGAAUGUGGUCGGCACUAAAUAGAAGGUAUGUCCAGGGUUCCCUGAGCAUGGGUGCCUGUGUGUCCCCCUAGUGAAGGGGCGGAGGUGACUGGGGAGAGGGAGGAUUCUGUGCCGCAGAAUCCUGCACCAUCUCCGGCGUGUGCAGGUCUGUGUGUGCGUGUGUGCUGCAGGUGUGUGUGGAAUUGCCAUCGAACGCUCUGCACACGCGUGUGCGUGCUCGCGGCUCCCUGAACACCUGUGUGUGUCCUGAGAGUGGCAGUGUGUGCCUGCCCGCGCAGGAACGCAGAACUGCGUGGCCCAGGGAUCCUGCUUGCCCGGCUGCCCGCUGAUCCAGAGAGCCACGGAGAGCCAGAGGCACGAGGACCCUGGCCUGCCGCCCGCCCUGUGCGCGCGCAGGGUCCCGGGCCGGCGUGCGCGCCGGUGUGAGCGCGAGUGCGGGAGCGGGUGGCGCCUCCCGGCUCGCUCCGCUCCGCGCCUCCCGCGCAGCCCGCGCACUCACCCUGCUUGGUUGCUACCGGGUGACGCGGGCUGGGCCCGCCCCCUGCCUGCCGGCCCCUGCACUCUCACUCGCGCCGGCCGCCGCCGAGCAGGCAGGAGCCGCGGCAGGGCCGUCCGGGGGCGCCGCCGGCCGUGCCCGCAGCCCCCCGCCGCGCCCCCGCCGGGCCUGCUGAGCCGCCCGCGGGCCGAGGUCGCGCCGGGCCGGACCGCGCCCGGGCGGGGCAGGGCUGCCUGCAUGACCCUCCGGAGGCGCGGGGAGAAGGCGACCAUCAGCAUCCAGGAGCAUAUGGCCAUCGACGUGUGCCCCGGCCCCAUCCGGCCCAUCAAGCAGAUCUCCGACUACUUCCCCCGCUUCCCGCGGGGGCUGCCCCCGGACACCGCACUGCGCGCCGAGGCGCCCCCGGACGCCCCCGCGCGCCCGGCAGCGGCCAGCGCGGGCCGCCGCAGCCCCUCCGACGGCGGCCGCGACGACGAGGAGGACGUAGACCAGCUCUUCGGAGCCUACGGCGCCAGCCCGGGCCCCAGCCCCGGCCCCAGCCCGGCGCGGCCGCCCGCCAAGCCGCCCGAGGACGAGCCGGACGCCGACGGCUACGAGUCGGACGACUGCACUGCCCUGGGCACCCUGGACUUCAGCCUGCUCUAUGACCCCGAGAGCAAUGCCCUCCACUGCACCAUCAGCAAAGCCAAGGGCCUGAAACCGAUGGACCACAAUGGGCUGGCGGACCCCUACGUCAAGCUGCACCUGCUGCCAGGAGCCAGUAAGGCCAAUAAACUGAGAACAAAAACCCUGCGUAACACACUGAACCCCAUGUGGAACGAGACACUCACCUACUACGGGAUCACAGACGAGGACAUGGUCCGCAAGACCCUGCGGAUCUCUGUGUGUGACGAGGACAAAUUCCGCCACAAUGAGUUCAUCGGAGAGACACGGGUGCCCUUGAAGAAGCUGAAGCCCAACCACACCAGGACGUUCAGCAUCUGCCUGGAGAAGCAGCUGCCGGUGAGCGGGCACCGCCCAGGGAGCACCUGCCGCGCAUCCGGCAGGCUGCAGGUGGACAAGACGGAAGACAAGUCCCUGGAGGAGCGGGGCCGCAUCCUCAUCUCCCUCAAAUACAGCUCACAGAAGCAGGGCUUGCUCGUGGGCAUCGUGCGCUGCGCACACCUGGCUGCCAUGGAUGCCAACGGCUACUCAGACCCCUACGUGAAAAUAUACCUGAAGCCAGACGUGGACAAGAGAUCCAAGCACAAGACGGCCGUGAAGAAGAGGACCCUGAACCCUGAGUUCAACGAGGAGUUCUGUUACGAGAUUAAGCAUGGAGACCUGGCCAAGAAGACCCUGGAGGUCACCGUCUGGGACUAUGACAUUGGAAAGUCCAACGACUUCAUCGGUGGCGUGGUUCUGGGCAUCAACGCCAAGGGCGAGCGCCUGAAGCACUGGUUCGACUGCCUAAAAAACAAAGACAAGCGCAUCGAGCGCUGGCACACGCUCACCAGCCAGCUCCCGGGGGCCGUGCUCAGCGACUGACCGCCCCGCCCUGCACCUGCCAGACCCGGGGCUUCCUCAGCCGCCACCAAGGGCUGCAGCCCCCACGCUGGGGGAGUCCAGGACACCUGCCCAGACACACAGCGGCUCGGAGGACCCAGGGCGGGGAGGGCAGAGAGGCAGGCCAAGAGAAGGCCUCAGCCUCCAUACUCCCGGACACACGUAGAGGUCCUUGAAAAAGCCCAGGCUUAGAGCACAGAGUGUGGAGCACCCAAGGGCCAAUGAGGGCCCUGGAGGAUAUGGGCAUGGGACUGCCAAAAUGUCCCAAGAGUCCCAGGCGUGGCCACAGAGAGGUUGGGACACACACAUUCCUCUCUGGCAUCGCUGGGCCAGCAGACAGCAGCCUAGGCAUGGGGCGCCAGCCCGUCCACUGAACACAGGCCAGCUGGCAAGAGCAUCAUCUGCUGGCUGCACCCGGGGCCCGCUCUCAGGGCUCCCCCAUUGCCAAGCGAGCCAGGAGCAAAGCACCACCACAAUGGACAUGCAGUGUCCAGAGCAGCCUGACCCACCUGCCAGAGCCGGAACACAACCAAAGAGAGAGGCAGGAAGGCUUCUCAGAGGAGGAAGGCCAGCUAGUGAAAGGGGGCUGAAAGGACCCUGCAGGUAGUGAGGAAGGUGAUGGUGCAAAGAGCUGUGCACACCCAGGAUCUGCCCCAGGGCACAUGUGUUGGGAUAGAGGGCCUGGGGCGUGGGGCUGAUGCUCCAGACACACUGCUGCCUUGCCUGCCCAG